ACGUGCCGACUUUCAAAAUUGCCGUGCACUUUUUUAUAUUUCAGAGUCAAUUGGAUGGAAACCCAGAAGUUGCACAACCGGAGCGGUCUUUGUUCGUUCCCAUCCUCCACAUAAACCGUGCUCGAGUCAUGCUGAGACAUUUCUAGGAAUCUUAUUGAAAUCAGAGACAGAGACAGAGACAGAGAGAUGGCAAUUGGGACGAUGGAGGUGCUGCUGGUGAAUGCGAAAGGCCUUGGCGACACUGAUUUCUUAGUAUAUGAGUAUAUGUUGCAGGUCGCAUGGAUCCGUACGUUCUGAUACAAUUUAAAAGCCAAGAGCGCAAGAGCAGCGUGGCCAGAGGUGAAGGUGGAUCUCCGGCGUGGAAUGAGAAAUUUACAUUCAGGGUAGAGUAUCCAGGGGAAGGUGACCAAUACAAACUUAUUCUCAAGAUCAUGGAUAAGGACACGUUCUCUGCUGAUGACUUCAUUGGGCAAGCCACAAUCUACGUGAAGGAUUUAUUAGCAGUAGGAGUGGAGAAUGGAACUGCCGAAUUACAUCCUCGCAAGUAUAGCGUGGUUCGCACUGACCAAACUUAUUGUGGAGAGAUUGAAGUUGGUGUCACCUUCACCCCAAAGGUAGAAGAGAACUACAAUGAAGAGGAGUUUGGAGGAUGGAAGCAAAGCCACCACUACUAGUUCUCCCCUGAUCUUGCCACUCACACCAGUUUGGUUCACAUGGAAUUUUAACAUUGAAACUCUUUUUUAUCUGUCAAUAUGUAUUUUAUUAUUAGUUUCGUGCUACAUUUGAUCACUGAGAAUGGAUUUUCUUUUGAAAAAGAGCUUAGUAAAUUAUGUCAGUCUUAGCUUAA